UCAUGGGUGAUGCAACUGAGUCUCUGAUGCAUUCUUGCAAUGAUCUUGCUCUAAAUGCAUCAUACUACUUGAAAGCCGGAGCCCACUUCGUUACGAUAAUUAAGGUUUGUGUUGCCAACUAUACUUGUGUAGUUGAUGAAGAUUUACAUUUUGUUUGUUCUGUACUUCCCAUUCAGGCAAACUGCAUAGACUUGACAGUGUCUGCUGAGGCUGUGUUUGCACAGGAAGUGAAGAAGUUACAAGCAGAACAGUUCAAACCAGCUAAGCAGAUUACUCUCGAACAUGCUUGUGUUGUUGGUGGCUAUUGCAUGCCAAAGAAGCACAAGGCUGCUACCUAACAGCUUUCAAUACACCAAUUUUCCUAAUUGAGGUGUGAUAGCUUCCCUUUUCAGCAACUUGUGAAUUUAGAUGCACAUUUGUUUCCUUAGCAACAUAGGAAGACUAGCAUCCUAAUCAUAGUUUGUUGGCCUCCCCACUUCUUCAACCGCUCCGUUGUCUGCUCAACCUGCAAUUUCCCUUUCUUGUUAUACACCUAGACAGCAAAUCAAUGGUGACAUGAAGAAGUUUGUUGAGUUGAACAAUGACAUAGCAACUGAAAAGCUAUGGGGACGCCUAUAACCCAAAGUUUCACCGAUUCCAUGAAGAAAACUUUCCACCAUCAUUUCAGACCUAUCGUCGGAAGGUAGUCUCCAUCACCCCCGGUGAUCUUGCCGGAACUCCUUAAUUUGAAGAAGCCGUGCAUCCAUAUAGCGGGCGUGGUGGUUGAUGUCAACUAAAGAGGGAGAGUUUUUUAGGUAUAC